AUGAGUUACCAGCAGCACCGCCGGCAGCAUCACAGCGACCGGGAAACCCCUCAGCAGCACCAAGAAACCGUUCGCGCUGCCGCCUUUCCCGUGUCUGUGGCUGACGGCCGCCGGUUCCACAACCUGCUAGCCGACUAUGACCCCUCCCAGGCUGCUGUAGCGCAAGUGGAGCGAAGGGCCCGGGAAAUAGGGGUCCCUGCAGGAGGAGUGACUGUAACGGGGGAAGGCGGAGUGAAUGUAACAGGGAAAACAGGAGUGACUGUAACGGGGGAAGGGCGGGGGGAGGAGAGCUUGGGGGGUUUGUCUCUGCCAGGUGUCGGCCCGUCAUUGGCUGUUCCGUCUGAGGAGGAGUUUCUUCGAGCGGGCUUGGAGCUUAAGGAUCAGAUAGUGCAAGCCACGUGGACGAACGGAGCGCCAGCUCGCAGGGUGCGGGACCCGUUCCUCUACGUGGGCCUGCUGGGAACAGCCUGGGUGUGCUUCCGAGCCUAUCAGGCCACAGGAGAUGUUGCUGACCUGGCACUUGCUGCUGACAUCAUCCGGGCUGCUGCUGACAUGGCGGAACGCCACCGAACGCAUUACACCUUCUACUGUGGUCAACCGGGCAUCCUCGCAUUGGGAGCUGUUGUGCACCAUCAUCUCAUGCACCACUCUCAGCAACAACAUUUACAGCAGCAGCAGCAGCAGCAGCAGCAGCACGAAGAGCUAGACUCCAAUCCCUACCUCCGCUCCUUCCUCUCCCUCCUCACCACCGCCCUCCCCUCGCUCUCCCUCCUCCCCUCCUCCCUCUCCGACACCGCACCAGCCACCAUCCCCCACGAGUUAUUAUACGGCAGAGCAGGCAUGCUUUGGGCCUUCCUGUUCCUCCGUAGGAACCUUCCCGUGGAGAUGCGGAGGAAGCUUCUUCCGCUCUCUCUCGCUCGCCCUGUUGCUGCUGCCAUCGUGGAUGCGGGACUGUCCCUUGCAUCAACAUAUAAUCAUGAUGGCCACCCCCUCCCUCCUCUCAUGUACGAGUGGUAUGACACCCGGUACCUGGGGGCAGCACAUGGCGUGGCAGGGAUAGCACACAUGCUGCUGCUGCUGCGGAGAGAAGAACUGGACGUGGAGGAGGAGGACGAAAGGAGAGACAGGACACUGGAGGAGGCAGCAGAAGCAGCGGCAGCAGCGUUGGAAUACCUCGUAGCCACUCGCCUGCCUUCGGGGAACUACGCUGCGAGCGACGGGGAGAGCCGGGCAGCUGCUGCUGCUCUCAGGAAUGCACUCGAACGAGAAAGCAGUGCUGGUAGUGCUGGUGCUGUUGCUAGGGGAGCUGCGGGUGGGGGUGGCAGCGCAAGUGUGGGGGAGGGGGAGGUGAGGGAGGUGAGGGAGGUGAGGGAGGCGGAUCGGUUGGUGCAUUGGUGUCACGGUGCGCCUGGUGUGGCUCCAGCUCUCGCCCUUGCUGCCAUGCUGUACCCAUCCAAGCCACAUCUGCUCCAAGCAGCCAUCGAGGCUGGGGAGGUGGUUUGGCACCGAGGCUUGCUGCGCAGGGUCGGACUCUGCCACGGCAUCAGCGGCAACGCCUACACCUUUCUGGCUCUCCACCGAGCCACAACCGCAGGCUUGGCAGAAGUCUCUGCUCGAGUCUGGGGAUCAGCUGCUGCUGAGGGCACAGGCACUCCUACGACUGCCAUGUCAGCAUCGCCCGCAGAUCUGACAGGAGGAGACACUGCCACAUCAGCAGUGAUGACACGUCACCUGCACAGGGCACGUGCGUUUGCUGGCUUCCUGCAUGCCAACUGGCGUCAGCUGGCGGAGGCGGGCACGAUGCACUGUGGAGACCACCCGUUUUCCCUAAUGGAAGGUCUGGGCGGCCCUGCUUGUCUGUUUCUGGAUAUGAGCCGCCCCGACGAAGCAAGGUUUCCAGGUUUUGAGUUGUAG